AAACGCAUGCGCUGAUCAAUUAUAUUGAACACUACUGCUUUUCGUACAUAACGCAUUACAAUGAGAGAAUGGUGUGUCAAAGCAAAGUGUACUGGUUCGAAUCUUGUUCCAGAAAUUUUUGGAUAAAAUAUUUUAUUUUCCAAUAGAAUAUUAUUUUUAAUGCAGAAAACACUUCUUUAAUAAAUUUUGAUAGAAACAUGAACUUUAGAAUUUAUAAAAGAAGAACAUAAAAGACUUGAGAUUCCUACAUCCAUCGAAAAUUCAAAUUCGCAUAUUGUGAUAAGAUAAAUUACAGUUGUAAAAAUUAGCAAAAAUAAUACAGCUAAUGAAAGUCUAAAAAAUAUAACAAAAGUGCCUAAAGUUAAUACAAAUAAAGAAAAGUUAGCAUCAAACAUAAAUCACUCAAAACAAAUGCAGAAUCUUUAUGAUAAUACAAAGAAAAAAAAAGGUAGCAUAAAAGUAAAUAACUCAAAAAAUAUUUCAAAAAAUCAGGAAAGAUCACAAAAAAUAAAUUGUAUUGCUACAAAUUUAAAAAAUAAUCAGACUACCUCAGCUGAUGUACCAAAGUCUAAAAAAACAGAUAUAAGAUCUGAACAAAGUACUAGUAAAAGAUACUUAAAUAAAAGUAUAGAAAAAGAUAAAGAAGCAGAAGCUAAAUAUGCAAUUGAUGGAAAUUUACUUGACAAAUCUAAAAAUAUUCAUAAGCAAACUAGAUUUGAUAUCACACCAUAUAAAAAAGGAAUGCCAGACAAAAGAAGAAUGAGUACUAAUAAAGAAUUGAAAGAAGCAAUAAUUUGUAACAUUCCUUUAUCAGUUAAAACUGAAACAAAUGAUAUUGUUAAUGAAACAAAACAUAUAAACCAAGAGCUUGAAAAUAAAGAUGAUAAAAAAAAUAUGGUUACACUUGAGUCAUGCAAUUCUACUUCUAUCACAUUAGCUGUAACAAAAAAUUCAUUGCCUUUGAAUGUCAAUAACAUUUCUGAAAAUCAUUCUAAUAUUAAAAGUAAGAAUUGGCAACAUUAUAAAAAUAAAAUAAAUAAUGAAAAUUUGAAAUUGAAAAAUUUAAUAAAAAUGGAACUAAAUGAUGAGAGUGGUAAUGAAGUACAAAUGGAUACAAUAAAUACUUCUCUAUUUGAAUGUGAAAUAUCUUUAAAAUUAAAAAACUCUGAAAAUAUAAACGUUAAAAAUACAAAUGCUAAUGAAGAUAGAAUUAAUUCUUCAUAUGUAACAUCAAAUACUUUGUUGGAUCAACAAAAUUUAAAUACAGAUUCAAUGAAUCAAAGUGAUAACAACCAAGUUUUAAUGAAUAUACCAGUAAAAAGAAAGAGAGGAAGACCUAGAAAAACUAUGCUUACAGUUCAAGAAACUUCAGAUAUUUCAAAUAAGAAAUUAGAAGAAAAUUUAGAAACUUUACAAAACAUAAAUGAUAUUUCUAUUGGAGAAACAGUUCUUCAUAAUAAGAGACACAGUGAACAAUCAUAUAAUUUUAGCAAUAAUGAUGGCAUAAGUGAUAAUAGUAGUACUGAAGAUAACAUUCCAAAUUCAAUUAUUGUUAGAACAAGAGGUAGACCACCAGGUACAUCUGUAGGCAAAGGAAGAGGAAGAGGAAGAGGGAGGGGUAGAGGAAGAGGGAGGGGUAGAGGUGGAGGAUCAUCUUAUUCUGCAUUAGAUACUGAAUAUAUACCAAAAUCAAAGGGACCAAUAAAGAAAGAAGAUUCGAAUGAAAGUAAUAUUGUUGCAUCAGAAGUAAAUUUAGUAACUUGUGCCAAAUGUGAAGAAGAUAUAUUAGAAAACAAAUGGGAUUCGCACAAUUUGCUUAAACAUAAUAAUAUGAGUUGGAAGAAGGGUGAUGAACCUAUAGACUUUGAAAAGAAUAUUAAAUUAUGGAGAAAAGUAUUGAUGUCUGCUAUUAAAAAGAAAAGGGGUCAAUUAUCUUGCGAAAAGUGCGGAAUUGUAAAACGAAGUGCAAAUGGUUUCAUAUCUCAUAUGCAAUUCUGUGGAAAAUCAGAAGAAGAAAAGCAAGCUUUGAUGGUAACUUGUUCUAUCUGUAGUGCUGUUAUGAUGCCAUCUUCAAUGGAAAUACAUAAAAGAGCUCAUAGGCAAUCAGAACGAAGUAAAAUAGCCGAAUUACAAUUACGUACUACUGAAAGAGUAAAACGUAAAGCUGCAGAAAAAGCAGUUUCAAAAAUUUUUGAAUUUACUGAACUUGUCAAAGAUAGUAAUCCACCUCAUGAGAAAAAAAUGAAACUUGACUCUUAUUUGAUGAAAAAUUUAAUCAAAAUGCCUGGUUAUAAAAACCCAAUACCCUCUGUAUGGAUAGGUAUAUGGAAAAAAGAAGUGUCUUCAAUGGGAACAAUAAAUUGUUGUCGAAUAGGUUGUACUUAUUCAUGUUCUUCUGUUGAAGAUAUGUGUAAACAUUUUCCUAAUUGUAAUUUUACUCCUCAAGAGUGUUAUAUGUGUAAAAUAUGUAAAUUUUUAAAUACCUCUGACGAAGAUACAAAAAAGCAUAUAAUAGAAAAUCAUGCAACAGUAGAUGAAAUCGAUAGAUCAUCAGAUUUUGAAGAAGAAUAUUAUAGUUCAGAUGAAAAAAUAUCUUAUACAAUGAAAUUUCUAGACAAAAAACAAUUUCGUAAAAUUAAAUGGACAGAACCAUAUCUACCUGGUGUGCAAUGGUCUAUGGAAUUUGAAGAAAAAAAUUACGAAUUUUGCUUAUUUAAUGACUAUUCUCCAAAUCAAUUCACUUUAUUAAACAAUGAUGAUACUCUUAAAUAUUUGCCAGAACUAGAAAUUUCCAUGCGAACAAAAAAAGAAAAUGUAUGUGAAACACUACCUAAUACAGAAAUUACAUGGAAGCAGUGGAAACGAUUUGAAGGUGGUUUAGAUGAAGGUACUUUGACUUUUUUUACUGGUGGUCCAGUAUGGGCAUUAGCUUGGUUACCUAUUCCAUCACCAAUGUUUUCUAAAGAACCUUACCAAUAUAUCGCAAUUAGUACUCAUCCGACAAUGAAAAGUGAAUACACUGUAGGAAAAUCACACUCUGAACAUAAUAUGAUACAAGUUUGGAAUGUUGGACCUUUGAAUCAUGAGAAUAAUAGUAAAAUAGAGUUUCCCACUUUAUCAUAUGCUGUUGCACACAAUAGUGGUACUAUAUGGUGUCUAGAAUGGUGUCCUUCUGGAUGCUAUCAAGAUGAAAGUCUGAAUAAUUAUAAGAAUGAAAACGAAAUGUCUAGUAAUCUUAAGCGAAUGGGUAUGCUUGCGGCAGCUUGCUCAGACGGAAAUGUAAAUAUUUAUUCAUUACCUUUUCCGGAGGAACUUGAAUUUAAAAAGACCACAACCAAUGAAUGGCCUAUUUAUUCUACUGAUCCAAUAAUGACAUUAGUUGUAAAUAUUUCAAUGUAUGAUAACAAAAAUCAAAAUUGGCAGUGCACCAAGCUAUCAUGGACGAAGGAACACGGCCAUAAUACAAUCGCUGCUGGAUUUUCAAAUGGUUAUAUAGCUUUAUGGGAUUUAACAUACGAAUCUCCAUUAUCAGUGCAAAAGAGACGAAACACAUAUUUUAUAAAUGCAUUUCAGCAUUUUUAUGCUCAUGGUAAUGCUGUGAGUAUGCUAGUAUUAAUUCCAUAUAAUGGGAAAAGAUUUCUAGCUUCUGGCAGUCUAGAUAGGUCAUACAAAUUUUGGAAUUUAGAAGACACGAGUAUUUGUCAAACUGUAAUGCAGAAAUCUGUUAUAACAAAUGGUGCAUGGAUGACACAUUGGCCAUGUACUAUCAUUACUUUUGAUAAUGCUUUGGGGUACAAGCAUACUAAUACUUAUUUAAUUCCAUUAAGAGAACAUGAAUUCAAAUACUAUCCUAUCAUGGGGACAAAUUCUGCCACAUAUGCUGUAGCUAUUUCUGAUUAUGCAAAUAGCAUCGCACACGGCACAGUAGCUGGAGAAGUACAAACAAUCUUUGCACAUGAACUUAUACAUGGUAGAGAUAUUGAGAAAGCUUUAAUGAAGAAAAAAAAGUUGAGUUCAUUUGUUAAAAUAGUGGACUUCUUAGAAAAAGAAGAAGAUGACAAAAAUGAUAAAAUGCAUAAAAAGAAUUCUAAAGAUUAUUGUUACAUGCCAGAAACUUAUAACGAGUGCCAGAAUCGAUUUGGUAUUAUCUUUUGCGAUAAUUUAAAAGGUGUUGAAUGCCAUGAACAAAAACAACUGUAUGCAGAAAAAGUAUCAGAAAUUCCAAUCGAGGAAUAUCCAUUUAUGUCUGUAAACAGAAUAUCUUGGAAUCCGAAUCCAUGGAGUUACCUAUGGAUGGUUGUUGGUUAUCAAAAUGGUUUGGUGAGAUUAUUAAACUUCAGAUAUAUGUCUAUGUCACAUGAAUUAAAAAUAUUAUUGUCUCAACAUGUAAAAUCUAUGCUUAAUAAAGCAAAGAUUACAACAAAAGGAUGUUGUUAACACAAAAAGGAAAAUGAUCAUGAUCUAUAAUAUCUAUACUAUACUAAAAUCAAGUAUUACGAAAGUAAUGGUGAUUGCUUCUUAUUAAUAUAUAGCAAGUUAUUUUUUAUAAUUUUAUAAUAUUAAACUUAGUAUAAUAUUAAACUGACUACAUAAGAAUGGAACAAGGCCAAUGAUUGGACAAAAUUUACUGUUAUAUAUUUAAAUUUUAUUAAAU